AUGGAUAUUAAAACGGCCAAGGAAAAUUGCAAAUCCGCGAAAGCGUCUAUGACCAGAAUUCAGAAAUGGGUUAAUAGUAAAUUAAACUCGGAAACUAAUUUAUUCAUUGUAGAAAAUAAAAUGUCACUGUUAAAAGAUGCCUUUGAUAAAUUUUCGGCAUAUCAAGAUAUAAUAGAUUUAGCUACACCUGACACACAAGAACCUGUGGACAGGUCCCUUCAGGAGGAUUUGUUUUCUGAGUUAUCAGCUCGUCUAGCUGAGAACAUGAAUCCUCAGAAGCACAGAGUCGUAAUAGAUUCAACUCAAGUAUUAGUCAAUAAUAAGACAAGAAAUGCAGAAAUAAUAAUAUCGCCAACUCUCAGUGCAUUCGAUUUACCAGUAAACGAUUCCCAAUGUUUUCAUUUCAGCAACAGCCGGGAACAACGGAAUAAAGCAGAAAAACAAAGGAGGGACAGACUGAACUCUUAUAUCGGAGAGUUAGCUUCUUUAGUGCCCAUGGUAGCAAGAAGUGCUAAAAGGUUAGAUAAAACCAGCAUCCUCCGACUGACUGCAACACAUUUAAGGAUCAAACAACUUUUAAACAACAGUAGAAUAGUACCAAACAUGGGUUUUCCAAGACAUAUUGAUCAAAUCCUUCUGGAACAAUUGAUUUACGAGCAAAUGGGCGGUUUUUUGCUAAUUGUUUUGGCCAACGGGAAAAUUGUUUUUGUUUCAAGUACAGUUGAAAACCUUCUUGGACACUUACAGACUGAUCUUAUGGGUCAAUCUCUCUUCAACAUUACUUCUCCUGAUGACCAGGACCGUCUAAAGAUUUUCCUACAAUGUGAAGGAGACAUUGAACAAGAAUGGAGGAAAUGCUUCAACAUUAAGCUGAAACGAGCAGGUCCACGAUCCGAGACUUCUGUUUACGAACAAGUGAGGAUGAUGGGCAUGCACCGGCAGGGAACGCCUACCGGAAUUCAUCAAAAUAGUAUGUUGUCAAGCAGCAGCAGUAGUAGCAGCUCGAGUAGCAGUUCUUCAAGUUCAGUAAAUGCAGACGAUAUUUUAAUAUUUUUCGCAAAAAUAUGCAGACCUGAACCAUUUAUAGAGAGGCUAAUCGAAGCCUCCAAAGAAGAGUAUGUAACCCGACAUUUGAUUGAUGGCCGUAUUAUAGAUUGUGACCAAAGAAUUUCUAUUAUUGCCGGAUAUAUGACCGAAGAAGUGUUGAGUCACUCUGCAUUUUUAUAUAUGCAUAGGGACGAUGUACGUUGGGUGAUGAUUGCUUUAAGACAAAUGUACGACCGAGGAGAAAUGCGUGGAUGGUCAUGCUAUCGUUUGCAGUCCCGUAAUGGACAAUUCAUAUUCCUAAGAACAAACGGUUUCUUGGAAAUAGAUGAUCAGGGUAUUGUGGAAAGUUUUAUUUGUGUAAAUACUUUGGUAUCUGAAAUGGAAGGUAUGCAAUUGAUAGAUGAUAUGAAGAAAAGAUAUUCUGCCCUUUGCUCACUUGAAGUUAGCAAUCUUACUCCUCCACCAAGCAACGAUUCUAUUGACAUAGUGGAGGAUCCGGCGCAAGUAGAACAAGCUGUAGCACAUCUUGUGGCAAAUCUACCUUCACCAAGUGCAGAAGAAGCUCAUCUUAAUAUCCCAAGCCCCUUGAUACACACAGAGAAUCAAGACUGUACAUUAUCAACGACCGACUGUACUGCAUCAAUGCAAAAAUACCAUAUAAAGAGACCUAAAAGGCCGCCUAGUAAUGAUGGACAAAGAGAGAUUUGUGGAUACAAGAGGCACAAACCAUAUACUGGAGUAAAACCAGAAGUCAAGAAAGAACCCGAAACGUCCAUAUAUCAACAGGACCAGCUAUUGCGCCAUAAUAUAUUAUAAACAAUGAGAACUAUAAAAUAAAUUUAAUCCCAGAAUAUUAAGACUGACCGACCAGGGCCAUACUUAAGAAGUACGUAACAUUCGUCGCCAUGGUGUGAAAGAAGAAAAUCGUGGUUGUGGGCGGUGUUUUUAAAGUGUAUUAUUUAUACUGAUGAUUUUUGUAUACAGCUAAAUAGCUCGGCAAUUGCAGGAGACGUACUUUAAAUUUACAGAAAAAGGACAAGCAAAACGAAAAGUACAGUUUUCUAUAAUAAGAAACUUUGUUUGCAAUAUUUUCGAAAAUAAAACAUUAUAGUUUUAAUGUAAGAUCUCUAUUACGUGUGUUUGAAACCACUUGUCAGUAUUUUGUACAGACAUGGAUUUAAAAGUGGCUCCUUAAACGAACAUAGACAUGCUUUUAAAGAUUUUACUUUCAACUUUAAGAUAUUGCAAAAAGUUAUAAAAAAUACUAUUUAUUUUCUAAAUAGGUAGUAUAGUAACACUCUGUAUUAAAAUUAUAUUUAAAGUUAAUUGUACAUUACAUUUUUUGUUUACUACUUGUUUUCAAUUUUUAAUGUGAGUUGUUAUAUAAUGUUAUCUAACAUUUUUAAAGGUAGAGAUCUGACCCCUCAAUUGUAAGUUUUGACAUGGUUUUGAUAGUAUAUUAUUUUGUUUUUAUACAUGGGAAGGGGAAAUUAAAAUAAAUGGAUAUCUUCUAUGUAAAAAGUGUAACAAUGCUAAAAAAAAGCACAAAAACAAAUAUGAACUUAUUGAUGCCUUUAUACUAAUUUUUGAACCAUUAACCAGAGAAAAAUCUGAAGAAUUGCCUCUGAUUAUUUAUAGUUGUCCUUUAUUUGGAACAAAACUUCAGUCAAUAUGUUGUGAGGAAAUAAUUCAUUAUACAGGGUGUAACGAAAAUACAGGUCAUAAAUUAAAUCACAUAUGUAUUCUGAGACCAAAAAUAGUUCGAAUGAACCUAAUUUACCUUAGUACAAAUAUGCACAUAAAAAAAGUUACAGCCCUUUGAAGUUACAAAAUGAAAAUCGAUUUUUUCGAAUAUAUCGAAAAUUAUUAGAGAUGUUUUAUUGAAAAUGGACGUGUGGCAUUCUUAUGGCAGGAACAUCUUAAAAAAGAAUUAUAGUGAAAUUUGUGCACCCCAUAAAAAUUUUAUGGGGGUUUUGUCCCCUUAAACCCCCCCCAAACUUUUGUGUACGUUGCAAUUAAAUUAUUAUUGUGGUACCAUUAGUUAAAUUCAAUAUUUCUAAAACUUUUUUGCCUCUUAGUAUUUUUUUGAUAAGGCAGUUUUUAUCGAGUUGUGGCUUCUUUUUUAAUAUGUUUACAUAAAAAUUUUAUGGGGGUUUUGUUCCUUUAAACCCCCAAAUGUUUGUGUAUGUUCCAAUUAAAAUUUUACUGCGGUACCGUUAGUUAAACACAGUGUUUUUAAAACUUUUUUGCCUCUUUGUAUUUUUUCGAGAAGGCACUUUUCAUCGAGAUAUUACUUCUUUUUUAAUAUGGUUCAAAAUAUACCUAAAAAUGUAAAUCAUAAAUAAAUUUUCAUAUUAUUACCAAGUCUCCAUAAUCGUACUUAGUUAUAUACAAAUAUGUGGUGGAUUUGACAAAUAUUCAAAAUAUCUCGAUAAAAACUGACUUUUCGAAAAAGUACUAAGAGGCAAAAAAGUUUUCAAAAUAUUGUGUUUAACUAAUGGUACUACAAUAAUAAUUAAAUUGGAACGGACACAAAAGUUUGGGGGGUUUAAAGGAACAAAACCCCCAUAAAAUUUUUAUGGGGUGUCCAAAUUUCACUAUAAUUUUUUCUUAAGAUACUACUACUAUUAGAAUGCCACAUGUCUAUUUUCAAUAAAAUAUCUCUAAUAGUUUUCGAUAUAUUGGAAAAAAUCGAUUUUCAUUUUGUAAAUUCAAAGGGCUGUAACUUUUUUUAUGUGCACAUUUGUACUAAGGUAAGUUUGGUUCAAUCGAACUAUUUUUGGAACCAGAAUAUGUGAUUAAAUUUAUGACCUGUAUUUUUGUUACACCCUGUAUAACUAAUAUCUAUUUUAACACUUCGCAAAUAAAUAUUAGUAAGUACAAUCAAUUAGAUUAACUGCUUUUAAAAGAUGUCUCUGUGAGAUCAUUGGGAUUAUUUACUUUAUAAUAUCUCUGGUUUCAGAUAUUCAAUAGACGCAUGUUUUGAUUUUUUUUUUAUUUAUGAUUGGAAUAUGUUAGCAGAAUAUGGAUGUCGAAAGAUUAUCAUGAAUUUUAAUGAAAACAAAAUAUGUAAUUGUAAAUUAUCUAACUUGUUCCAUGGUAUAUUUCUUGUUCUGUGUAUAAACAACUAUUAUGAAAUAGUAAAACAUUACCAGUGCCA